AUGGAGGAAGCAGGAAAGAGCAGGCACACCCCCUCUGCCCUCUCUAGGCUGCCCCACUCCACCGCUGUGUGCCUCGAGGUGGCGGAGGCGUGGGUGGUGUCGGUAGCAGCGGCGCUCAUCCACACCCGCGCGUCUCUCGAGGCCCGCUUCCUCCAAGCCCAGGCCCACGCCGGCACUGCCAGGGGGAUCCUGGGGCUGGGGGAAGGGAGGUUGGGGGAAGCGGGGAGUGGGAGUGGAGUGGUGGGGAGUGAAGGAGCAGGGGCAGCAAGGGGAGCAGAGGGAGCAGGGGCAGCAAGGGGUGGUGAAGAAUCUGUGGGUGCUGAAGAGAGGGGGCCGUUCUUGGUGCAACAAGUGCCAUUCUCUGUGGCGCCGACUGUCUGUGAAGCUCCCAAGGCUGAGUCGUUUGGGAAGCAGCGGUUCCUGCGGCAGUUCAUAGUGGAUGGUGAGAGAGGGGGGCUUGUUGUGUGGAUUGCCCUUUUGCUUGGGUGUAAUUGCAGUGUUGCCCCGUGCAAUAGUGGGGCUCCUAAGGCUGAGUCGUUUGGGAAGCAGCGGUUCCUGCGGCAAUUCAUUGUGGAUGGUGAGGAAGAGGGGUGUAAUUGCAGUGCUUCCCCGUGCAACAGUGGGCCUCUUAAGGCUGUCUCCUUCAAGAUGCAGCAGUUCAUAGUGGGCGAUGAGAGUCGCCUGCACGGGGUGGAAGAUCUGUUUCCAAGAGCAGCGGCGGCAGGCCAACGAAUCCUAUGUGACUGUCUCUAUCGCCCCCUCCCCCUUCCCCACUUGCAACCACCAGAGGAUCUCAAAACCAUCUACUGCUUCGUGCCUAAAGUCGCUUGCACGGGGUGGAAAACGUGGUUCCGCGAGCAGCAGGGGCAGGCAAACGUGUCAGACGUGUUUCUCACCCACGACAAGGCACGCUCAGGCCUGCGCAUCCUGGCUUACCACUUCCCAGAGCACCGCGCGAUUGAGCUGCUGACCCGCCCGGACUUUUUCAAGUUCUCGUUCGUGCGGAAUCCGUACACGCGGCUGGCGUCGGUGUAUCUGAACAAACACGUUGUCUUGUGUGCUGUUCCCCCAUUCCACUCCUCUGUUCAUCCAGAUCGCUUCCACCCUGCCCAUUCAUCUCCCCUCUGCUUCCGCCCCCCCUCCCCUCAGAUGUUCUUCCGGAAAUUCAUUCCUUUCCGGCGGCUAGUCAAGGCGAAGAAGGGAAACGACCUGUUCACCUUUGGGGAGUUCGCGUGGCUGCUGAGGCUGAUGAGGGAGCAGCGCCGGGGACGCAUGGAGUCCCACGUUCAGCCGCAGAUCGACGCGUGCCGAUUCGACAAGAUCCGAUUUGAUUUUAUCGGGCGGUUUGAGAAUCUGGCAAAGGAUGUAGGGGUGGUGCUGCGGAGGCUGAACCGCAAUGUGGGGGAGUCGGGAGCGUUCAAGAUUUCGAAAGAUGCGCAUCCCACUAAUGCUGGCAGCAAGCUGCUGGAGCUGUAUGAUGAGGUGAGUGGUGUGUGUGAGGAUGUGGGGGUGGUGCUGCGGAGGCCGAACCGCACUGUGGGGGAGUCAGGAGCUUUCGAGAUCUCGAAAGACAAACAUCCGAAUGCUGGGAGCAGGCUCUUGGAGCUAUAUGCCGCGGUGCAGAUUGAUGCGCAUCCGACUAAUGCUGGGAGCAGGCUCUCGGAGCUACAUGCUGCGGUGCAGAUGGAUGCCCGUCCGACUAAUGCCGGGAGCAAGCUGCUGGAGCGAUAUGAUGAGAUAUCCAAGGAUGAUCAUCCGAUUAAUGCCGGCGGCAAGCUGCUGGAGCGAUAUGAUGAGAUGUCCAGGGAUGCCCGUCCGACUAAUGCCGGGAGCAAGCUGCUGGAGCGAUAUGAUGAGGAUGUUCAUCCCACGAGUGCUGGGAGCAAGCUGCUGGAGCUAUAUGAUGAGGUUGGAUUGCAUGGUGGUGCUGCAGAGGUUGGAUUGCAUGGUGGUGCUGCAGAGGCUGGAUUGCAUGGUGGUGCUGCAGAGGCUGGAUUGCAUGGUGGUGCUGCAGAGGUUGGAUUGCAUGGUGGUGCGCAUUUAAGAUCGCCAAGAAUACGUGCAGCUGACUCAUGCUGGGAGCAUCACCUGCCCGUGCAAGGGUAG